AUGGGUGAAGGGGUGAACGACAGUCGUUCUGCAGGAGGCAACUUCGAUGAUUCAAUUGAGAUUUCCUCUGACAGUCACAGGCCGUAUACUUCGAUUAUUGGACCGCUUAAAGAGGAGAUGUGGUCCAAGCUUGUAGAGUCUCUGGAGUUCAAUACUGGUGUUGUGCACCAAAUACCAGCACGUGUAGUGGAGAAUUGUUUUGCUGAACAACCAAGUUCAAUAUUGUUGAAUGAUGAGGAACUUGGUGAGGAGCAUCAAUGUUUUCUGAAGAGGAGGGAUACAACGAAUGAGGCAUUCCUUGCCAAGGGCUGGUACAAAUUCGCCAAAGGAAAAAAAUUAAUGAAGGGAGAUAUCUUGAGAUUCAUUAUUAGAUAUCCACCGGUGGAGGAAAUCAUCGUCCAUGUCGAGCAGAUUGAGCCAUUGUUUGCUAGAAAGCAUAAUGCAGAUCUAGAGAGCACGUGGUCGAUUGUAUACAACGAAGGUAUAAGUCAUCGAGUGGUUUAUAAUGAAAAUGAGGAUCAUCCAGUGCUAUUGUCAGAGUGGAAGGAGCUUCAAAAUCAUUACUUACUACCUGAUGAUGUCAUGGUCAUUGUGGGUUAUUACGGGAAGAACUUGUUUGAAGUUGUAGCAUUUAAAGAGAUUAACAGAUUUGAGGACUUACUGAAUGUUCAUAGUAGGCUUACCAACCACAAAGGGAUAUACGUUUUUGAUGUCCAGUUGACACCACUCAAUGUUUCGUCAAUAUUUUUAGUUGAGUGUAACAUGCUAUUUCAAGUAAUAUGGUAUGACGUACGUAUGGACGACAACGUUUGA